CCCACCCCCAGUCGCGAGCUGACAAAGGUGCUCAGCGCUGCGGCCAAGCUGCAGAAGGAGCGCGGAGAUGCUUACCUGGGUGCGGACACGCUGCUGUCGGCGGUGAUCGGAGCCACGGAGGUCUCCGAGGCACUCACAGAGGCCGGCAUUUCCCGAAACCAGCUGGAUUCAGCGCUUGCGGAAGUACGACAAGCCUCCGGAAGCGGAAACGUCAACUCCCAAACCGCCGACGCCAAUUUCGACGCACUCAGCAAGUACGGCACCGACUUGACCGCUAACGCCGCGCGCGCGGAUCCCGUCAUUGGCCGAGACGACGAGAUCCGACGAGUCGUACGAGUGCUGUGUCGCCGUACCAAGAACAAUCCCGUACUCAUUGGCGAGCCGGGGGUGGGCAAGACGGCAAUCGUGGAGGGGCUGGCUCAGCGUAUCGUCAAGGGUGACGUCCCCGAGACGCUGCGUGGCGUGCGGCUGAUCUCGCUGGACAUGGGCUCGCUGGUGGCGGGCGCCAAGUACCGCGGCGAGUUCGAGGAGCGGCUCAAGGCGGUGCUGGCGGAGGUGCAGCAGCAGCAGGGCAAGGUGGUUCUCUUCAUCGACGAGCUGCACCUGGUGCUGGGUGCCGGCAAGGCGGGCGACAGCGCCAUGGACGCCGCCAACCUGCUGAAACCCAUGCUGGCCCGGGGGGAGCUGCGCUGCAUUGGGGCCACCACGCUGGGGGAGUACCGGGAGCACAUCGAGAAGGACGCGGCGUUCGAGAGGAGGUUCCAGCAGGUUCUGGUGAAGGAGCCCAGUGUGGCUGACACGAUUGCCAUCCUGCGCGGCAUCAAGGAGCGCUACGAGAGCCACCACGGCGUGCACAUCACCGACCGCGCGCUGGUGGUGGCGGCGGAGCUGAGCGACAGGUACAUCACCACCCGCUUCCUGCCGGACAAGGCAAUCGACCUGGUGGACGAGGCGUGUGCCAACAUGCGUGUGCAGCUGGACUCCAAGCCCGAGCAGCUGGACGCACUGGAGAGGCAGCGAACACGGCUGCAGGUGGAGGCGGCCGCGCUGGCCAAGGAGAAGGACGCGCUCAGCAAGACCCGCGCCGCCGAGGUGGAGCGCGAGCUGGCGGCGCUGGAUGAGUCGCUGCGGCCGCUGCUGCUGCGGUACGGGCAGGAGAAGGGGCGGCUGGAGGAGCUGCGGCGGCUGGUGCACAAGCGCGACGAGAUCCUGGUCAACAUCCAGCUGGCGGAGCAGCACAACAACCUGGCGAGGAUUGCGGACCUGCGCUACGGUGCGCUGCCCGAGGUGGAGGAGCGCAUCAAGGCCGUGCGGGCGGCGCAGCCGGCGGACGCAAUGCUGUCGGAGGAGGUGGGGCCGGAGGAGAUCGCGGUGGUGGUGUCGCGCUGGACCGGCAUCCCCGUCUCGCGCCUCAAGCAGUCCGAGCGCGAGAAGCUGCUGGAGCUGGGCGCGGAGCUGCAGAAGCGGGUGGUGGGGCAGGAUGCGGCGGUGGCGGCGGUGGCGGACGCGGUGCUGCGCAGUCGGGCGGGGCUGGCGGCGCGCAGCCGCGGCAGCAGCUUCCUGUUCCUGGGCCCCACGGGGGUGGGCAAGACGGAGCUGGCCAAGGCGCUGGCGCAGCUGCUGUUUGAUGAUGAGAGGAUGAUGAUCCGUAUUGACAUGGGCGAGUACAUGGAGCGGCACUCCGUGAGCCGCCUCAUCGGAGCCCCCCCGGGCUACGUGGGGCACGAGGAGGGCGGGCAGCUCACGGAGGCGGUACGGCGGCGGCCGUACAGCGUGGUCCUGUUUGAUGAGGUGGAGAAGGCCCACUCCGAGGUCUUCAACGUGCUGCUCUCCAUCCUGGACGACGGGCGGGUCACCGACUCCAAGGGCCGAACAGUCAACUUCGCGAACACCGUCAUCAUCCUCACUUCCAACCUGGGCUCGGAGGCGCUGCUCAACGCGGCAGCUGCCGUACAGCAGCAUAAGGCCCCCGGCCGUACGGGCGGUACGGCGGCGGAUCCGUACCGCGAGGCCAAGGAGGCGGUGAUGGCGGCGGUACGGCGGUUCUUCCGACCGGAGUUCCUCAACCGCCUGGACGACAUCGUGGUGUUCGAGCCGCUUCGCCCCGACCAGCUCACCCGCAUCGCCGGACUCAUGGGCCGCGAACUCGCCUCCCGCCUCGCGCCCCGCAACAUCUCCCUCACCUUCACCGACGCAGCCCUGUCGUACGCCGUACAGCAGGCGUACGACCCGGUGUACGGCGCUCGGCCGCUGCGGCGCUGGAUGGAGCACACCAUUGUCACGGAGCUCAGCCGCCUGAUUGUGGGCGGCAAACUGGCAGACAACAGCGACGUGGUGGUCGACAUGGCGGCGGCGGGAGGAGCAGCAGGCACGGCGGAAGGUACGGCGCCUGUCGUACACGUUGCGGGUGGGUUCAAGUAUGCGAUUACGGCCAAGCCGGCGGUAGAGGGUGCGGCGGGGGUGAUGGGGGGGCUGGGCGGGGGUGCGGCGGAGGUGCUGUUGAAGCGCGGGCGGUUGGAGUCGCAGAGUGUGGAUAUGGAUGCGGAGGACGACCUGCACAUGCGGGAUUAGGACAGCGGGGUGAGGAAGGAGAGGAGAGGAAGGAGAGGAGGGGCUUGGAUGCAUUGUCGGGAGUAAAUGGGAGGAAGAAAGGAAGGAGAGGAGGCUGGUGAGUAGGAGAAGAGACACGUCAAUACGUGGCACAGGCACCGGCGCGACACGUUAAGGAGGCGCGAGGUAAUGAACGGCUGGGCAGAUUGUUUGGAGUGUCUGGAGUCUUUGAUUUGGCGCAAGUACUGUACAUUGCUUAACAAGUUGAGGAUGCCUCUGGAAUGGAUAGUGCAGUGUAGGACAACAGUAAGGGCUACAAAACGGCGGCUGUACAUUAUUAGGUGUUUGGCAGUUGGAACCAAGAGAUACCCUUGGCAAGUGUCCAAUGGUAUUGGCCCAAUGAAUGCUUACAACGGCCAAGCGCAGGAGUUGAUUAUCAAGAGAUGAGUUGUGUCUAAUACCCUGAUUAGAGGUCCAUCCUGUGUAAUACAGUUCCUGACCACACGCGCGUGCACGUGAGGACCAUGGUCUUUUGGCGGCUUCCGUGUACGGUGCUGUGGGUAGGAGGUGGAGCUGGCGGGCAGUUACGGGCUACCGCCCUGCCGAGUCUGUUCAGGACACGCGCGCAUGCUUUUGUCCUGUCUUUGUCUCUUUCAGGACGGCUAUGUGGGUUUUGGUGAUGUGGUUCAUUUAUAGAAAUUGGAUACAGGUUUAACACUUUAACAAAGAUGGGACAUUGCGAAUUCGUCAUGAGACGUCGUACAUACCGAUUGUUGUACAAUUCUGUUGGCUCAAUAGCCAUGUUGGCGGUUUGUUGUGCUGCCAGCACGGGGCUUCCUUGGUUGCUGUUGUUAGUGGCGGACGUUGCGUGCGGACGCUCAAACAGUACGGCUUCUCAUGCUUGCUGUAAAGUAGAAACCUGAA